AUGUUGUGGCCGAUUGUCCUUGGGUUGCUGGUCUGUGUGGUGGUGUGGAGACUUAUGAAACAGGAGCCCAAUGAUCUGGAACAUCUCCCUGGACCUCCGAGAACACCAAUAUUUGGAUCAGUCUUCAUAUUCCUCGGAAAAUCUCAUAAGACGGCUAUGGGUAUAAGAUUGAAUGCUGAUAAAAGUACAGAAAAAAUGAUGUACAAGAAGGCUAUCAUGGAAAUAGGACAGAUUGUGAUGAAGAGGCUUACAACAGUGUGGCUUCAUAGUGACUUGAUCUUUUACAAUAUGCCCAUUGGAAAGAAUUUCGCCAAGUGCUUGGAGAACGUUCAUUCCUUCGCUGAUAACGUGAUAGUGGAGAGGAAGAAAACAUAUGAAAGUGUUGCAAGUGAAGAGGGUGGGAGAAGGAGAUUAGCGUUCUUAGAUUUACUAUUGGAAGCGGAGAGGAAAGGAGAAAUAGAUUUAGAGGGAAUUAGAGAAGAAGUUAAUACGUUUAUGUUUGAGGGUCAUGAUACAACAGCUACAGCUUUAGCAUUCGGCCUGAUGUUGCUAGCAGACAGCGAGGAAGUUCAGGAGCGUCUCUUCGAGGAGUGUCAGCAGGUCGGUCAUGAACCGAGUGUGUCAGAUUUGAACGACAUGAAGUAUUUGGAAGCUGUGAUCAAAGAAAUCUUGAGAUUGUAUCCGAGCGUGCCGUUCAUAGGACGAGAGAUUACCGAAGACUUUAUGUUAGAUGACAUUAAAGUAAAGAAAGGCUGUGAAGUAGUCGUUCAUAUAUAUGAUGUACAUCGAAGACCAGAUCUAUAUCCGGAUCCGGAGGCUUUCAAACCUGAAAGGUUUCUGGAUGAAGAGAAACGACAUCCCUACUCCUAUGUACCUUUCAGUGCUGGACCACGAAAUUGUAUUGGUCAAAGGUUCGCCAAGCUGCAGAUGAAAGUCGUCAUCAGUGAGAUAGUCCGUAACUUUAAGUUGUCACCCCUUGUACCUGGAGCCCGCCCUCAGCUGAAGGUCGACCUAGUACUAAGACCUGCUGAAACUAUCUACGUUAAAUUUCAUCCUCGAUAG